UAACGACAAUAAAACGCUUAGAGAGAUAGGUCUUCCGCGGUACAUCUUCAUAUUCACUAAAACAUACCGCUCUGAACACGCCACGCCAUGAACAAAUACAAGGUCCUUGAAGAAUGGAAAAGAGGAGCUUUUGGGGAAACCUGUUUUGUGGAAGAGAGAGGAGGAAAAGGAAAAUAUGCCAUAAAAAAGGUGGAGUGCACAGACGAGCGCGGGGCAGAUCUGGCGUUAAAAGAGUCGCUGGUUCUGCUUGAUCUGCACCAUCCCAACAUUUGUCCAUAUAAGGAGUUUUUCAUGUUCUGGGAUAAUAAGGUCUCGUCUCUUUCUCUCUGCCUGGUGAUGGAGUAUUCAGGGAGGGGGCAUCUGGAGCAAAUGGUGAAAGCGAACAGAGACGAGAAAAACAAAAUCGACGAGAAGAUCAUUAAGACUCUGCUCGGUCAAGCUGUCGACGCGCUAAUCUAUAUUCACAAAAAGAAAGUCCUUCACAGGAACGUGAAGCCCAGCAACAUCCUGAUAAAGGACGAGGAAACCUUUUUAAUAAGCGAUUUUCUUUCGGAGACACUAAUGACGGACGAAAUGAGAAUGAAGAUCAGAGUAUAUCCUGAAUCAAAGUUAUUCGCGGCUCCGGAAUCCGCCCGGCUUUCGUUCAGUGAGAAGUCAGACGUCUGGUCUCUGGGAUGUGUCCUUCUAGAGAUGAUGACGUGUUCUUCACACUCUAAAGCAGAAGCAGCUGCCUUACUGCAGGGGAUCAAGAACGACCAGCUGUGCUUAGAGGAAGCUUUAAAAACCCUCCAGGGUUCCGUCGGCUAUUCUGAUGGCCUCUGCCAGGUUCUAGAGCGAAUGUUACGCAUUCAUCCUGAAGAACGAGCCGCAGCCACAGACUUGAUAAAGGACCGUUAUGUCAAUGAAUGCCUCGUCCUAACGGCAUCUCCGCUGUCUGGGCUGAAGAAGACAUUAGCUGCCCGCUCAGCAGACGAGUUGGAUGAUGGAGGAAUGGAAAAAGUUCUAGCGUUUAUGCGGAUGUACAGUGAAUAUGAAGAUGCUCAGACGGCGGCACUCAGACGCCUUUCCAAGUUGUCCGCAGACAGAGACGGUUUUUCCCCAAAAGGAGAUAUAAUGCAGCACAUAGUGGAGGCUAUGAAGCUACACAAUGAUUCCGUGGAGAUACAUCUGGAAGGCUGUAGGAUACUGAAGGAUCUUCUAUCUCAAGAUCACGGCUUCGAUGACGUCCCUUUGGCAAGUAACUCCCUGAUCACCUGUCUGGUGGCAGCCGCGAGGAAGUUCUCCGAAAGCGGAGAUCUGGUGUCUCUGCUCCUCGAAGUAUUGAUGAUGCUGUCCACUAACGAAGCGGCCGCCGAGCUGCUGGGAAAAAGCGGAUUCCUUCAGGACACAGUGAAGAUUCUGGAGCGAUCACACGAGCGCAGAGACGUUAGCCUGUCCUGCUGCGGCCUUCUGUGGUGUCUGGCGAUGGCAGAGAGCUGUUCUCAAGUAGAAUGGCUGGAAUACAGCGUGCCGGUGAUCUACACGCUGAUCCGGAAACAUCUUCAUGAUGGACAGCUGGUGGAAUCGGCCUGCUGCUGCCUCUGGAUAUUAUGUCUGAAAGGUUGUGUGUUGGAGAACCAAAUAGAAUCGAUUAUCUUCGUCCUUCUGGAUUCUCUUCGGACUCACCCAGACCGUCCGGUUCUCGUUAAGAACGUUUGUUUGGCAGUCGCCGGUCUGCUGCGAAUCUCUGAAUUGGCGGCGUAUCGGAUUGUGGUGCCGGUGUCAGGGAAGAGCAGCCUCUCCCUCAUUACCGCCGCUUACCUCACGCACUCAGACGACCCAGAGAUUGUGGAGAACAUCUGUCUGCUGUACCGUGAGAUGGCCCGUUACGAGAGCGUGAGAGCAGAGCUGCAGCUUCAGGACACGGAGAGGCUGAUGUGCGAAAUAAAAGAGAAAUUUGCAUCGACCGAGGAGAUUGUUAACCUUGCGGAAUCCACCCUUUCCAGACUGGGAAAUAAAGGCAAUCUCCCCACAGCGCCCGUGUCAACGUAACUCCAAGGCUAUGAGGUUCUUAAUGGCUGACCACAGAAUUAAAGUCUAUAACAGCUGGUCAUUGGAACUAUGGGACAUGGUAAAGAUCAAAAAAAUAAAUGACAAAACCUCAAAAUUCUACUUCUUUCACAUAAACGAAACAAGACUUGAAUUCACCUGCAUGCUCAGAUUCCAGUCCGUGCAAUCAUUUGUUCUGCGGAGCCAAGGAAUGAGAUAUUCUCUUCUGAUGAGAGCUGUCCGUAAGAAAGAAAGAAAGAAAGAAAGAAUUAAAGAAAGGAUUAAAACUCUCCUUUUUCGAAUAGUG